AGAAUUAGCUGAAAAGGUGGAGGAGAAAAAUCGAAACUCGCCAUUGUAGUCAAAUUGUAGUAGUGUAUAGAAUCGGGUGAAUAUAAGCCAUUGCAACGGAACGGUUUUCUGGCUCGGGUCUUGUGUAUAUUGUGUUUUGAAGUGUGUGCUAUUAUUAAAACGAAGGUGCGAUUUAGAUUGUAUUAAGCUUUGUGUGAUAAUGGCAACGGCGCUUCUGCCGUCACCUGUGUGAAUCGGUGAGACUCGAGUGCAGUGAACCUCAAGACUGUCUCCAGUUUAAUACAACCACAAUGAAAAUGGUGUUGUCACAACGGCAACGAGAGGAGCUGAACAAAGCGAUCGCUGACUACCUCGGCAGCAAUGGCUACAACGACGCUCUGGAAGCGUUCAAGAAGGAGGCGGAGAUGACCGGGGAGAUGGAUCGCAAAUUCGGUGGUCUGCUGGAGAAGAAGUGGACAUCCGUUAUAAGGCUACAGAAGAAGGUGAUGGAACUGGAGUCGAAGCUGUCCGAGGCUCAGAAGGAGUAUAUAGAGGGUGCUCCGACACGGGCCAAGCGCACGCCCACAGAGUGGAUACCACGACCGCCUGAGAAGUUCUCACUGACGGGACAUCGGGCAACUAUUACUAAGGUGAUAUUCCACCCGUUGUUCAGCUUGUUCGUGUCGUCCAGCGAGGACGCCACGAUCAAAGUGUGGGACUUCGAGAACGGUGACUACGAACGAACCCUCAAGGGUCACACGGACUCCGUACAGGACAUCGCGUUCGACCAGCACGGGAAAGUGCUGGCAUCCUGCAGCGCGGACAUGUCUAUAAAGCUGUGGGACUUCAACCAGAGCCACGAGUGCAUAAAGACCAUGCACGGCCACGACCACAACGUGUCCUCGGUGGCCUUCUCGCCGGGGGGAGACAUCGUGUACUCCGCCAGCAGGGACAAGACCAUCAAGGCCUGGGAGGUCGCCACUGGUUACUGCGUGAAGACUUACAAGGGUCACCGCGAGUGGGUGAGGAUGGUGCGAGUGUCUGCUGACGGGAAGCUGCUCGCUUCCUGUUCCAACGAUCAGACCGUACGCAUAUGGAACGCCGAGACUAACGAAUGCAAGAUGGAGCUACGCGAGCACGAGCACGUGGUGGAGUGCGUGUCGUGGGCGCCCGAGGCAGCAGCCGCCGCUAUCAACGAGGCGGCCGGCGGAGACAACCGCCGCGCCGCCUACCACGGACCCUUCCUCGCGAGCGGCUCCAGGGAUAAAUCCGUCAAGAUCUGGGACGUGACGACGGGGCAAUGCCUGGCGACGCUGGUGGGUCACGACAACUGGGUGAGAGGCGCCGCGUGGCAUCCCGGCGGACGGUACUUACUGACGGCCUCCGACGACAAGACGCUGCGUGUCUGGGACGUCGCUCACACGCGCUGUCUCAAGACACUGUACGCUCACCAACACUUCGCUACCAGCCUCGAUUUCCACAAGAACUUGCCAUAUGUGAUAUCCGGCAGCGUCGAUCAGACCGUCAAAGUUUGGGAGUGUCGCUAGGAACAUUGCCAUUGUAGUAACUUAAACUCACCGAUGCUAUAUGUAUCAUUAUAAUUCACGUUUAAUAGAACCGCAUACAGAGCAAUUUGAUUUUUAUUUUAAUUGCGAUUUUUUUUUUUUUUUUAGAAAUGGGAAAAUAAUUUUGAUAAUAUAUAGAUCGUUUCUUCCUUUCAGUUCAUAUCUGGUAUGAGAGUGCUAUGUCCAUAUUGUACGUGAACGGAAUUAAAAACACAUUCCAUUUAAACUAUACAUCAUAGAUAAUAAACGUUUAUAGGUUUUUUUUUUUGUUCAUUCUGAUCUUAUAACUACCUUGAAAUUUUAAAAAUACGGCGUAGCAUCAGUCUCUACCGUGACGAACAAUGAAGUGAGGAGUUAAAGCUGUGUUAUAAUUUAACAUUUCAUUAUUCUAUUUUAUUUUAUAGUUAUUUUUUAUCCUUAGAGAUGUUUAGACGUAAUUUUAUUUUGGUAUGGAUAGUUGAAUAUGUUUUCUAACCGGCCCGCUCUAUACAAAUCGUACCUUAACGGGACGUUAAUGAUUUUUAGUUAAUAUUAAUAUGGUAACACAUGACAAACAUCCGGGUUAUGGUAAUUUUAUUUGGUAAUCUAAAAUCUUGUAUAUAAAGGCGUCUUUUUUUUCUCCAUUCGAUUUAACCUCAUUGUGUUUGUUUGCUCAGCUAACAACAUCAAUGGAUGUGUGUAACGGUGAUUGAAGGUUACAUUUUAAUGAUUAUAAUCUAUCCGCAAUACAUGAGAACUCGGUCGAGACGUACGCUUUGUUUUUAACGAUAUCGCAGUCGUAUAGGGACUUAUUUUAAGUUUUGUCAAAUCAAAACUUUAACUAUAAGUUAGAGUGUUAUAUUUUAAAGAUUUUUUUUUUUUACUAUUUAUUUCAGUGUUUUAAUUUGUAUGUCUCAAAUGAAAAAAAAAAUGUUUUAUUAGCUAGUGCUUUAAAUUAAAUUACCGAUUAAGUGAUUUAUUUUGCAAUAGUAUAUCAUAUAAUAAAUACCCUUAUAUCGAUUUUAAGUUGUUUGAAUUAAAUCAUUCUAGUUGUGUACGUAAUGGAAGUGUGUGAUAUGUAUGUUAUAAUUUUUUAUUAUUAUUAUUACUACGCUGUUUGUGGUAGCUAGGUUCAAUGACGGCUGCAUCUAGUUAUUUAUUAGUACCUUGGCAAUAUCUCGCCCGGUAUAACUAGAUUAUAGUUGUUAGUGUGAAGUAUUGUCAUACUCUAAGCUUUGCAGUGCUUGCACGCCAAAAUAUGUAUUAAUGGGGUCUGUUGGUACCAUGCUAAGUAGCGUUUGUUGUUUAUAAUGAAUAUUUACAGCAUGUGAGCCAAUUACAUAGCAUGGUAAUGCAUGAUCAUUUGCUUUAUUGAUGUAGAUUACUAGUGACAUCAAGGAGGUUAUAUAAUUUAUUGGGAUUAAAUAUAUAUAUGUAUGUAGUCACUCUAAUUAAAUUUUAUUCAUUGAUAAUUAAUUUAAUCUGUGGCAUUUUAAAAAGGAUAUUCAUCUUAUUUUUGUUUUGCGAUAGGAAUACAUUAAAAAGUUUACACAUAUAUAAUCUCCUUGGUCUCAAAUGGAAGUCAUUUUUCAAGCUUGAAAAGAAAUUGUAUGUUAAAAUAAGAAGUUUGUACUACGGUUAUCAAUAUAAAAUAGUAUUUGCACUAGUAUCAGGAUUUUUCUUAUAUAAUAACAAAAUAAAAAUGUAUCAACAACAAAUCCUCUCGCUUGUAUACUGAAUAAUCUCGAACUUUAGGGGACAUUCAUCACUGAGGAUUUCUGUGUAUGCCCAUUCAACUUCUGUAUUUUGUCUAAAUUCAUAUAGAAAAUGAACUACCAAAACUCAAUAGAAUUUGGUCUAAUAUUUUCUGUAAAUAAAUUAAUAAAAUAUGUAAUUUAA